ACCUCAAGGGUGUAAGCGAUAACAUAGCUCGAAAACUAUCAACUCCUCUCACUGCCCCUCUUUUCGAGAGCAGCAGAUAAACCCUCCUAAAAUCCUUGAGGUGAACAGCGUCAGUUUCAAGUCCUGCUCGCAGCCAUUGAUCUUCUCUCUGAAGGUUUCUUCACAAUUUUCCAUUAUGCUAAAACAGUUUCAUACUCCCAGAUCUUUAGUCCUUUUCUGCACUACUAAACCCCUUUGGAACUUAGAAAUAUCUAUGAAUUUUUCAUGUGGGUUUCGCCCGAAAUCUCACCAACAUUCAAUUACUGUUAGAAGUUUUUCAACGAAAAUUGCAGAGGGUAGUGAAAAGAGUCUUCCUUGGCUUGGAAAAGAUAAAGUGAAACAAACUAAAAGACCUGAAAAGGUGGUUGUAAACAGGUCUUCUUGGGGGGAAUCGGCUGACAAGUUGUUUAAAGGUGCAGAGAAAAGUGUAGAACUUAAGAGAUAUGAGGAUAGACGAGACAAUUAUAAGAGCACAGCUAAUAGUGGAGAAGAUGAUGAUGGAGGGGAAAUGGAUGAUCCGAGAUGGGAUAAGAUUAAGAGCAGGUUCAGUCGGAUUAAGGUAAGACCGGGGUCUGAUAGGCCAGAGGUUAGAAGGUGGAACAAUCAAGAUAGUUGGGGUAAAAAGACAUGGAAAGAGGCGUCUGAAUCAACCCUACCGAGAAUGAUAGGCGAGGGGGUUUAUGGUGUUGGCCCUGUUUUAGCUGCAUUGUCAGCUGGAAGAAGAGAAUUUUAUGGUCUCUAUAUUCAGGAUGGGUUGGAUCUGAGUGGAAAUAACAGGAAGAAGAAGGAUAAGAAAGGGUUUGAGAGAGUUUUGAGGACAGCGGAGAAAGUUGGAUUAAGUAUAAAGGAAGUAUCUAAACAUGACCUCAAUAUGAUUAGUGAUAACAGGCCUCAUCAGGGACUGGUCCUUGAUACUUCUCCAUUGGAAAUGGUUGGUAUCAAGGAAUUGGAACCUGUUUCAAUUGAGGAAGAUACCACUCCUCUUUGGGUUGCUUUGGAUGAGGUUACUGAUCCUCAGAAUUUGGGUGCAAUUAUACGGUCUGCUUAUUUUUUCGGAGCUUCUGGGAUUGUUUUGUGUGCUAAGAACUCUGCUCCAUUGAGUGGGGUAGUGAGCAAAGCAAGUGCCGGCUCACUUGAAUUAAUGGAGCUGAGGUCUUGCAAGAAUAUGAUGCAAUUCCUAACGUCUUCGGCAGAAAAUGGAUGGCGGGUCCUAGGUGGUUCUGUUUCUUCAAGAGCUGUUCCGUUGCAUGAGAUUGUGCCUGGUGCUCCUACAAUACUUGUUUUGGGAAGUGAAGGGACUGGUCUGAGACCAUUGGUGGAGAGGUCAUGUACUGAAUUAGUUAGAAUUCCGGGAAAUAUCCCUUUGGAUAUAAUCGCUGCAGAAGAUGAGGAUGCUGAGAGUGAUAAUAGUAUUUUAGGUCAGAACUUUAGAUCCUUUAUGGCUGUGGAAAGCUUGAAUGUAAGUGUUGCAGCAGUACGCAUACAGACAUUUGGUGAUUUUCUGUAAUGGAUUGGCUUUGUUGGCAUUGCAUCUCAAAUUGCUCUGUCCGAAAUUGUUAAGGUUUUGUUGAACUUAGUUCAGCUUGUGAUAUUUCUAUGCAAGGAUUUGGUUGCUGGAGUUACCUUUGCAGGAUGGGUAGGUUCGACAGAACUUGUUGAAAUUGACUAUGCAUGAAUGCAUAAGUUAUGUCAGAUCAACUAGAGGACAGCCAUUGCGAAGCUUGUUUGCAGGUUCUAAAUGAAAUUGCUUAGAUAAAUGUAGGUAUUACUUUUUAGGAGAAUUUGAACUGCUUAACACUACAAUAAGGAUAAAGGUUUUAUGAUGUUUGUUGUGGGAUAGUAGCAGGGCUUAUCCUUUUCUUCUUCUUUUAUUUUUCAGUUGACUUCAUUGUUACCUAGGGAUUUUUAGUUUACUCUUAAGAGUCAUGCCCUGGUUCUGGAAUA